AGGAUAUAGGCGGAUCUUUAUUCUCUCAGGAGGCUAUCGGUUGGAUGAAUGUUCUUUCUUUUCAUCUCUCGGUUUCUCAGAGUCUUGUCCAGUGGAUGGGAGAAGCUUUGCUGCAGAAGACUGAGAAGAGAAGGAAAUGCUCAGCUGAUCUGGGGAGUUCCACUCAGUAUAUAUUUAUCCUCCCUUCUCCAUUUCAUGGAAUCAGGAGCAGGGCAACACCAGGGGAUUAUGGGAUGCCUUAUAAAGACCUGUCACUAGUGAGGGGUGAGGCAAAGGGAAACUGGCAAAUUUAGAGGGAGAGAAGGAGGAUGUGUCAGAGAGAAAGAAGAAAAUAAGGAGGUGGAAUUUCACAAGGCGAAGAAGUGGAUAGCAAAACAACAGAGCUAGAAGGAGAGAUGAAAGGGGGAUAUACAAAGCUAUCAGCGAGUGAGAUUUAGAAAGGGAGGCAGGAGAGGCUAGUGUCAUUCUGUUCAUCUCCAUCACACACCACAGGCAUUAGCAGUACCCAAGCCUACCGACUCAGCAAUCUACACUGAAAAUAUGUUGCCUGGCUCUGGGGAUACAGCUGAGGGAGAACCGAAAGACAGCCAUGUCCCUGCACAAAACCCUGGAGACAAACUAAAAAGGGAAGAAGCCAAAGCAUUCUAUGACAAUCUGACCCCCACCAAGAAGCCAAAAUCGCCAAAGCCUCACAAUGCAAUCACCAUUGCAGUGUCUUCACGGGCGCUAUUUCUUAUGGAGGAAGAACAGCGAAUCUAUAGUGAAAAGGGUCUAGAAGAAUAUGUUCGAUACCAGCUGGAGCAUGAAAAUGAGCCAUUCAAACCAGGAGCUGCAUUCCCCUUUGUAAAGGCUCUGGAAGCAGUCAACACUCAGCUGCGUCAGUUUUACCCAGAUAGUGAAGAUCUAUUUGACGUAGUCCUUAUGACUAAUAACCACGCACAAGUCGGAGUGAGACUUAUCAAUACAAUAAACCAUUAUAAUCUUUUUAUUGAACGUUUCUGCAUGACUGGAGGCAAGAGCCCUAUUGACUACCUAAAAGCUUACCAUACCAAUCUAUACCUCUCAUCUGAUGCUCAGAAGGUACAGGAGGCUAUAGAAGAAGGUAUUGCUGCUGCCACCAUUUUUAACCCCAGUCACAAUGUGUCUAUUAAUGAAGAACAGCUGCGAGUGGCAUUUGAUGGAGACGCUGUUCUUUUUUCUGAUGAGUCUGAGCAGAUAGUGAAGGAACAUGGCUUAGAUAUGUUCUUUGAACAUGAGAAGGCAUUUGAGAACAAACCACUGGCGCAGGGUCCUCUGAAAGGUUUCUUGGAAGCUCUAGGAAAGUUACAGAAGAAGUUCUACCAUAAAGGAAUGAGAAUGAACUGUCCCAUACGCACAUAUUUGGUUACAGCUCGUAGUGCAGCCAGCUCUGGGGCUCGAGCACUAAAGACCCUGCGUAGCUGGGGCCUGGAAACUGAUGAGGCCCUCUUCUUGGCUGGAGCCCCAAAGGGACCUCUGCUGGAGAAAAUCCGCCCGCACAUAUUCUUCGAUGAUCAAAUGUUCCAUGUGGAAGGAGCUUCGGAGAUGGGAACAAUAGCAGCACAUGUCCCAUAUGGUGUGGCACAGAGGCACAAACACACGCCAAAAAAUGCAACAUCCUCUGCCAAGUGAGACUGAUGUACCAUGCUAUCCUAUUACAUUUUCUACCUGGAUUAUUAUUAUUUAUAUCUUUAUUUAAUCUUGUGCACAUGGAAAUUUAUGGGAAUCCUUAUAUAUUGUUUUCACUGGUAUUUAUAAUAAUGUACGAUGAAACAGAAUCUAUAAACAAAAGGCCAAUAGGGCAUUAGCUAAAUGCUAACAAAGUUGUCAUCUCUCCAUCUUCCAUGGCUGUGUGCUCAAAAUAAUUUUAUGAAUGUCAUAUGUGAAAAUUUAUUUUGUCACUAUGUCACAAACAGUGUCGCCUUUUAAUCCUGACUUGAGAAGCCUUAUGGUUAUUGUUUUAUUAUGUUACGUUCCAUAAUCAUAUUUCUUUCUGCUAACAAAAGAUGGGGCUGUAACUUGU